CAUCCAUUCAUUCCUCUGCAACAUACAUCGACGGAGAGCUCACAGCACAUCACCAUAGCCGCUCAACGAGUCCUCCAGCCUUCAGCCAUCCGUGGUCUCCGCAUCAUGUCAGCCACAGAAACGGUUAGCGGGUCCGCAGCAACGGCAGGAGCCGUGUCAACGUCUCUUCCAGGAUCGCGAUCCGCCAGUCCAGCUUAUGACUCGCAUCGUUUAUCCACUCCACCACCACCUCCUCCUUCUAAGCCGAUUCCGCAAGACUUUCGAUCUUCACUCAGCGCCUGGUGGUACAAUUCGAGCUACAAAGAAGCUCGAUAUGCAGAGGAAAGGCUUCUGAGGCGCAUGUCCAUGUUUGAGCCUUCUGCGCCGCCACCCCAAGCCAAGGGUUGGUUCGGAUUAGGAGGAUCAGGACGACCAGAUGCUCAGCACCUGGAUUCUUCCGCUCAAGUGGUAGAUGAGUCCCUGACGAGGGUCGAAACUCAAGUCGGAUCCCACGGGCUCAUCGCCAAACUCCGUGAUGUCUUCAUCCCCACUCCCGAUCCCUCAGUGGCUCCCCAACACCCCGUCGAUCCUGUACCGGCUGCGUCUUCAUCCGCGAGUUCUAUAGCCAGUGGGUCUGACAAGUGCCGCAAACAUCACUCCAAGCACGCUCAGACGCCUGGAAAGUACAAAGACUACAUCAACACGUUGGAGAUCUCCUCCAAGGAGAAUCAGAAUAGCAAAGAGGCGGUCGUUGUGCUUCACGGCUAUGCCGCUGCGAUGGGCUUCUUCUUCCGUAACUGGGAUUCCAUUGCUCAGUCUGCCAAUUCGACAGGUCGUCCCGCCUACUUCCUUGAUUGGCUCGGAAUGGGUCUCUCUUCCCGACCGGAACCUCACCUAUUGUCAUCGCCUGCCAAUGCCCCUGUGCCUGCCAGAGUAGCUCGUGCCGAGCAUUUCUUCCUUUCUUCUCUGGAAUCCUGGAGAGAGCGGGUCGGACUGGACAAGAUGGUCCUGGUCGGACACUCUCUCGGUGGAUACCUUGCUUCGGCAUAUGCCGUCCGAUAUCCUGACAGAGUAUCCGGCUUGAUCCUCGUCUCUCCAGCUGGCGUUCCUCAUGGGGAGGGUUACAAAUAUUACAAACCAAGCGGAGAGAAGAACGCAGGGGAUCUGGACGACGCAGUGGAUGCUGCCCAGAUGGAAAUGGAGGUCAACAGCGAGCCGAAAGGCGAAGCUAAGCAGUGGAGGGAGAACAGAGAGAAGGCCUCUUUUGCCCGGAAAAGUAUGAUGAAAUUCUUCGUUUGGGGUUGGGAGAAGGGCAUGUCACCCUUCUCAGUGCUUCGCGCCAUAGGACCAUGGGGACCAAUGUUCGCUGCCAACUAUACGACAAGACGAUUCGCCUCCUUGAGUGAUGACGACAAGCGAGAUCUCCAUUCCUACGUGUACAACACCAGCGUGCUGAAAGGUAGUGGAGAAUAUUGCAUAUCCCACAUUCUGGCGCCUGGAGCGUAUGCGAGGAUCCCCAUCGUUGAUCGUAUCAAUCGCGUCAAGGUGCCAGUGACCUUUAUCUAUGGUGAUAACGACUGGAUGGACGUCGACGGCGGCAAAGCCUCGGUCGAAGCACUGACUAAGGCAGGCAACAAGAAUGGAUCGGUCCACGUCGUCGAGAAGGCAGGCCACCAUGUCUACCUUGACAAUGCAGAGGAGACAAAUAGGAUCAUCCGAGAGGCUAUCGCGAGCUUGCCCAAGCCAUGAACCGCUCUCGCUGUAUUAUAGAGGCGUUUCAUGUAUCAUAAGCACAACACGAUGUAUAUAAUAAGUCGUCAUGAGAGAGCGUGCGAUCAUUGUGGGUCGUGAAUAUGGGCCGUGCGACACAGUGGUGGCCCCUCAGUAAUAC